UUCUAUAUAAAGUGUUUACUGGGUUUAAUUUAAAAGAUAAAAAAUUGAACAAAUAAAGUUACUAAACAAAAACAAAUAACAAUUAAAUGAAAAAUAAGUCUUAAAACUUAUAAAAAGUUUUAAAGUUGGAGAAAUUUAAAAUCGUAAAACGAAACAGUCUCAAACUAUAGUUAUAAAUAUGCAAAAUAAAGAGUGGUCUUGUAUAUUUGGCCUUCAUGUGCGCACAGUUACAAUUUUAAUUGGGAUAUGGCACCUUUUUUUGAACGUGUUGGCCUUGGGCUUUUUAGCUGUAAUCGUUCGUAAUCCAUCUAUGAUCAAUGAACUUCAAAACUUUGAGGAUUCAUUGGAGGCAAAAGAGCCCGCUUUACCAACGCCAUUAAGUGUAGAUCAACAGCAGUAUGCAUUUAGAGGCCAUAGUUUGAAUAAUCAUAAUAUUGACAUGAGCGGAUUAGUAUGCCUUUGUAUGAUUUCAAUUUCUUUAAUGCUGAUUUAUGGCACGAUCAAGGGAAAACCAACACAUAUUUUGCCAUUUUUUUGUUUACAACUGUUCGACUUUGCAAUUACUGCUCUUACAGCUGCUGGUUACUUGUGUUAUAUAAGAUCGAUACAUCGAAUAAUCGCAGAAAAUCAGAGACUACCAUGGCGAGACGAGCUGCUUAAAUUGAGUCCACAGACUCUUAGUAUUGUAGUGUUAUGCAGUUUUUUGUCAAUUGUGUUUUUAAAAGCUUAUGUAAUCGGAAUAAUUUGGCGUUGUUACAAAUUUUUAGUUAUGAGACAACAUAGAUCUGUAUUACCAUAUAUUAUACCUGAAGUUACUUACUUACAUCGUGACUCUAAUUCAUUGUUACCAGAUUAUGAAGAGGCUAUUUUGAAACGUCCACCUCCCAGCUAUUCUGUAGCAGUGGCCUCAUUACCUCAAGUUGAUUUGGUCUUGCCAUCUACUUCAUUUAUGGAGACAACACCACCUGCUUAUUCGUCUUUGUGUUCUUUGGCGGUACCAUCAAACAUUAAUCAAAAAGAAACAUUAUUACCGAAAUCUAUAGAUGAAAAUACCGAAAUUAUAAAAAAUAAUGAAAAUGAAAAUCUUAGAAACAUCUAAAAAAAUGAAUAUGCAAUAAAAAAUUAUUUAAAUAAAAUAGUAGUAUUAAA